GUUCCUCACCCUGAAGGGAAGGUUCUUCACUCUGAGAACAAGAGUCCUCAUUUUGAGGACAAGAUUCCUCUCUCUAAGAACAAGGUUUCUCACUCUGAGGAGAAGGUUCUUCACUGUGAGGACAAUGUUCCUCACUCUGAGGACAAGGUUUCUCACUCGGAGGACAAAGUUUUUUGGUCUGAGGACAAGGUUCUUCACUCUGAGGAGAAGUUCCCUCACUCUGAGGACAAGGGUCUUCCCUCUGAGGACAAGCAUCCUCAUGCUGAGGACAGGGUUUCUCACUCUGAGGACAAGGUUCCUCACUUUGAAGACAAGGUUCUUCUUUCUGAGGACAAGGUUCCUCUCUGUCAGGACAAAGUUUUUCUUUCUGAGGACAAGGUUCUUCUCUCUGAGGACAAG